AAUUAAAAACAAAUAUGCAAAAUGUUUAGACUAGCGACUGACUAAUUGUUAGGAAUUUUGUUUUGAUAGGUAAUUUGGAAGGUUUCCAAAAAAUAUUUCUAAAAAUUGCAGUAGAACUAUAGUUUUUAACAAAAUUAUUCAUCAUUUGGAAUUUAGUAUUGAUGAUUAAAUAUUAUAAUAUGCAAAUUUUAAAUGGGUCAUUUUAACACUAAUAAUCAGCCCUAAAUCAUAACAUAUUCAUACAUAUUUUUCAGUAAAUAUUAAGAAAAUUAUUCAAGGUAAAAACAAAUUUUCAAUAAUAUGUAUUGGAUUAAUUAAAAAUGUCUUUUAGCAUUCAAUAAAAAAUCUUUCAUACUUUUAUAGAGUAUAUGUAUAUUCGUUUACUCCAGAAAUAAAUAUUACGUGUUUAUAUGAGUAAUAGAUUUUUCAUAUACAGAAAAAUAUAUUUCAAUUUUCCGGUGAUUUUUUUUUCAUUUGAAUAUUGUAUACAAUGAACAACACCCCAAAAUAUAGUGAGAGUUUGUUUUUUUCUAUAGUUUUAUUAAAGAACAGAGAGUAAAAGCAAAAAAAGCUAAAUGUGUGGGUUGUAUAAUGGCUUGUGAAGAUCAGUAAUUAGAGCGCACUUACGAGGAAAUUAUAUUUGAAAAGAGAAAAGAGAUUGUGCGCCUUUAGUAUUUGGGGGAGCAUGACUUUUUUUUGUUAGUUUACUCUUUCUAACGCAUGAGUGUAAUGAGUGAGUGUCAUGGUUAACUUAAAGUAAAAGAAUACGGCAACGUUUUAUAGCUUAGACGAUCGGUCGAUCAGAUUUUUUGUGUUUUUUUUUAUAUUUUUUGGGGGAGCACAUUGUUGGCUGGCUGCUAAUAUAAAAAAAUCAUAUAUACCAAAUUUAAAACACAACAAGGCAGCGCAGAGCAGACAAUCUUCAACACACUAUUUGUCUACAAUUAAACUAAAAUAAGUUAAACAACUUUUCCAACAACUUUACCCCUGCUGAACUUUUAUAAUAAAAUAUUAAUUAAGAGAAUUAAUAAUAAUAAUUAAAGCAAAUUUUUAAAUAAUUACAAAUUAAAUAAAAUAAUUUUGCAAAAAAAAUACAAAAUUUUCUUUUAACAUUUGACGCAAAUGGAUGAUGAGUCUCUAUCUAUCUAUAUAAGCAAGCCGGAAAGCCAAAAUACAACAAAAUAUAAUUAAACUUUUUACGCUAUGUUGUAAUAACACAUAUAAAAAGCCAUUAAAAACGCAAAAAAAGUGAAAAAAGCAAAAAAUGUUAUAAAAAGAAAUUAAUAACACACAAAAUAUAUAGAAAUUAAAAAAAAAAACUCACAGCGUGUAGUGAUGAUGAUGUUAUAUAUAAUGUUAUAAACUUUUAAAAGAAACUACGAAAAUUACACAAAAAACUUGCUUUUAUUUUUGAAUUUUAAAAAUAAAAUAACAAGUUUUUUUAAAAAACAAAUUUAAUACGAAAGUUAAAUUAUACUUAAUUUUUCAGUUUUUGCUAAAAUUAAAGUAAUUAAUUUGCAGAGUUUAAGUUUAAACGUUAAAAAUAAAAGUUUCUCAAGUAACUAAUAAAUAAAAACUUAAAUCAUCACUUAAGCUGUUUAAUAAUUAAAGUUUUUUUUUUUAUAAAAAUCAAUGGACUAGAAACAUAUUCCAUAUUUUUCCAUAAUUUUGUUAUACAAUUUGAAAUAAGUUUAAUUUUUUAUAUAUUUAAAAAAAAGUAUAAAUAAAUGAAAAACCCUAUAAAACACAAUAAAGAACAUUUUGUAACAUCAAAUUGAUUAAAAAUAUACAAUUGAACAUUUGCCAAAAACUUGACAUUGCUUUAAAAUUUCACAAUAUCAAAGAUAUUUUUUGAUAAAAAUGUGUUAGAAUUAAGUUUUUAAGUGAAAUAUUUAAAAAAAAAAAAAACACUUUAGUUUUAAAAACUAACACAAAACAAAAAAUAACUGUUGACUUUAUUUUGAAUUAAUAUGGUGGAGAAAAUAUUACAAGAAACUAAAACAAAUAAUUAUUACAAUAAAUGGCAUAUUGUGACAAAUGGCAAAACAAAACAAAUAACAACAAAUACAAAUAAUAAUAAAAGUUGUAAAAAAGACAUAAACAUUAAUAGUAAAACAACAACAAAAACAAAGACUAUUAUACCCAAGCAAAAAACGUUAACACCCAAAAAAUUAGCGGUAAAUAAUAAUAAAGAUUAUCGUGUGGCAACCCUGCAAGCAAAACAAAAACACAAAGAGAAUAGCCAACAACAAUUACAGUUGAAGAAAACCACAACAUGCUUAACGGCAGUUGGCAAUACCAAAGCAAUACAGCAGCAACAACAAGCACGUAGACGGCGCUCGAAUCAACAAGAGAUACGUCAAAUUAAACGUGCUCACCGCCAUCUAUUGACGAGUGGAGGUUAUGAUAAACAACAGAAAACGCAACAACAACAAAAACAAACGAACUGUCAAAAUAACAGCUGCUCACCAACAUCAUCAUCGUCGUCUUCUUCUUCGUCAACCUCCUCCUCUGCACUAAAGAAAACACAAAAAAAAUUAAAACUUAGCAGUGGCAAUAAUAAAAACUCUCUAGAAUUAAAUAAUAAUAAAAAUAAAAAAUUACAAAGUAAACAAAAGAAUAAAAAUUCAUCAUCACCCUCAUCCUGCGUCAGUAAACAACAGCAACAACAAAAGAAAUUAAAAGGAAAAAAAUUUAAUGAUCAAGAGUCGAUAAUAUCAUCGCGUUGGUGUUCCAUAGAAGAACAACUAGAUUUAUUGGAUAAAUUAUUGUAUUAUUGUGAUGAAGAUGAGAAUGCAGCUCUGAAAGAGUGGUACGAUUCCAUAAAUAAAGAACAUUAUUCUUCCGGUGGUGAAGAAGAACCCGACUCCUUAAGUGAUUGUGAUUGGAGUUGGAGUGACAUUAUGUCCUCCUCUUCCUCAGCAGCAGCAACUCAAAAUGAGGAUGCUCAGUCUACCAUAAGCAACAGUAGCCUUACAUCGUCGGCCUCGUCGUGCAACUCAUCUCUAGUGCCGUCCUCUCUUAAACGACGUGGUCAUCAACAUCAUCCCCGCUUUUCGGGUACAAGACGACCCAAUGUACCGCCCAAUGUUCAGGAAAUCCUAGCAGCCUUAUACAAAAAAGAGGAAGAAACAGCAGCAGAAGCAGCUUCUGCCACACAAAAUGAUACUAAUAGCAAUACACUGGAUACAGUUGCAAUGGACGAUUCCUAUACCCAUGACUACAACGAUGAACCGGAAGAUGAUCCUAUAACAGCUCAACGUAUUAAAGCCUCAUUAAACUUGCCUUUAACCGAAUCGGUAACCACCUCUAUGGGUAGUAAUAGUCCCACGCCUACUGAUGAUAGCAGUAUGCUGGACGAAGGAGUUGUAUCAGCUCAAACACCUACCUCAGCUGCCGGCGGCCAGGCACCCAAAGAGAAAAAAUCCAAAUCAAAACGUGAUAAGUCUGAUAAAACAGAAUCUACGAACAAAGAACAAAAGAAAUCGAAAAAAUCCAAAAAAGAUAAAUCAAAACGUUCUUCCGCCUGUCUAGAGUCCACAGAGACCCUAAACGAUGCCGCCUCUGCUGCCACCGAUGAAGGCAUAGCCAUCGAUGAUGAUGAUGUGCAAUCGGCCGAAUGGGCUAAAUUGCGCUGUACUAGUGAGGCGGCCGAAAUAGUGGCCGAACGUGAGGCAAGACGUAAUAAAAAUCGUUGUGCUGAUUAUCCCGGUUUGGCUUUUGGUCGUUCGAUAUUUUCAUCGGACACGAUGAUGAAAUUCAAUAUAAUACGCAAUGAACUACACAACAUCAUGAAUACACAAUUAAAAAGGGCUGAAUCUGAAGUUGCUGCUUUGAACCGUCGUAUUCAAUUGCUCGAAGAAGACUUGGAACGUUCAGAAGAACGUUUGGGUUCCGCCACAGCUAAGCUCUCUGAAGCUUCCCAAGCUGCUGAUGAAAGUGAACGGAUACGAAAGGCUCUUGAAAAUCGUACAAAUAUGGAAGAUGACAGAGUAGCUGUUUUGGAAGCCCAAUUGGCACAGGCUAAAUUAAUUGCCGAAGAAGCCGAUAAGAAAUAUGAAGAGGUGGCCAGAAAACUAGUCCUCAUGGAACAAGAUUUAGAACGUUCUGAGGAAAAAGUUGAACUUGCUGAAAGCAAAAUUGUUGAACUUGAAGAAGAACUCCGCGUCGUUGGUAACAACUUGAAAUCCCUCGAAGUUUCUGAAGAAAAGGCUAACCAACGUGAAGAAGAAUACAAGAACCAAAUCAAGACCUUGAACACCCGUCUCAAGGAGGCUGAAGCUCGUGCUGAAUUCGCCGAACGUUCCGUUCAAAAAUUGCAAAAGGAAGUCGACAGGCUCGAAGACGAUAUCAUUGUUGAAAAGGAACGUUAUUGUUUGAUUGGAGACAGUUUGGAUUUGGCUUUUAUGGAUUUGAUUCCAGGUUUAGAACCCUUCUAUACACCACGCAAUCCAAAGCCACCUACACCAAAAUUGCCUACACCUACACCCGAAGAAAUUGCCGCCCAGGAAGCGGCUAAGGCUGAAGCGGAAGCUGCCGCAGCAGCUGCUGUUGAAGCUGAAGCCGCCGCCGCUGCAGCAGCUGCUGGAGGCGGUUCACCUAAAUCGACUGCUGAGGGUGCUGUUGAAGGCGCUCCGGCUGCUGAGGGUGAACCAGCUGCUGCUCCAGAACCACCUAAGGAACCAACACCUCCUCCACCACCUCCACCACCAUUUGAAUAUGUCAUUGAUUUGCCACCAGAAGGUGCUGAAGUGCCAUUUGUUAAGAAUUAUGAACCUCCACCACCUGGCUCUGAACCAGCACCAGCUGCUGAGGGUGCUGCUGCACCAGCUGAAGGUGCUGCUCCACCGGCUGAGGGUGCUGCGCCAGCACCACCAGCCGAGGGAGCCGCACCACCAGCUGAAGGUGCUGCACCUGCGGCUCCUGCUGCAGAGGGCGCUGCUGCACCAGCGGCUCCUGCUGCUGAGGGUGCUGCUGCACCUGCGGCUCCAGCUGCUGAAGGUGCUGCACCAGCCGCACCGGCUGAUGCUGCAGCUCCUGCAGCCCCUGCUGCUGAAGGUGCUGCUCCAGCGGAAGCUGCACCACCAGCACCAGCUGCUGAAGCUGCUCCGGCACCCGCAGAGGCAGCUCCAGCACCCGCAGAAGCUGCCCCAGCUCCAGCGGAAGCUGCACCAGCAGAAGCCGCCCCCGCUGAAGCACCCGCAUCUUGAACGUGUUAAAUGACCCUUUUUGUAAAAAAUCUAACAUCGGAAAACAAUCAUCACAAUCGCUAACACUAUGCUGCCAAAAACAAACAAAAACCGUGCAAAUGUUAUGUUUUUUUUUCAUAAGCAUGAUUUUAUAAAAUAUAUAUUUUUUUAACUCAA